AUAUAGUCAAAAUCGAACAAUGCAAAUGAGGCGUGCGAGCGAUAUAAGGAAUGUGACAGACGGCGUUGGUAUUGUGAAAUUGUCUACGGAUUGCCUUGGCUAGGGGAAAGAAACUCCCUGAUUCACUCCCAGGCCCUAGAUCUACGCACAGAAUGGCAGGACUCAACAUUAAAGGUGAGGUUACUGACGGCUGGAAUGAGAUAAAAAAGGCAGCUUCUGGCCUCCGCUACAUCAUUUUCAAGAUGGAUGAGAAGAAAGAGAAUGUUGUUUUUGAAAAGAAAAAGAUGAAAUGUGAGUGUAGCCAUGAAGACGUCCUAGAUGACCUUCCAGCAGAUGAACCAAGAUACAUUGCUCUUAAUCUGGACUAUAAAAAUGUAGAAGGAGCAGAUAGAAGCAAACUUGUUCUUAUAUUUUGGUGUCCCGAUAAUUGUGAGAUCAAAAGCAGGAUGGUGUCUGCUGCUACCUUCCAAGAUGUCAAAAAGAAAUGUCCUGGUGGUGCUAAAUGCCUAGAAAUCCAGGAAAGAUCAGAGUUAUCAUUUGAAGCACUAAAAGAAGAACUGAAGAAUGUUAAGUGAUUUUUAAAAUGCAGAAUCUAAAAAAAAUGAUGGCAAACUGUGUUGAAAUGUAAUUUGAGCCUAUUCUUGCACUUGUAAAUUAACUAGUGUGAUACUUGAUCCAUUUUAACUACAUUGCAUUGGUAAAUACUGACAUCAACCAUUGAUUUAGCCUAUAAUCUCAUGUCUUUUUUGUCUAGUGAACACCAUCAAAACAUAAUAAACAGUAAGUGAUUGGUUAAGUUUUAUGGUACCUUUUUGAUAGUGUUGAGUUUUCAAAUGACUGGUGCCUAUUUCAAUUAUUAAUUUCUUAGGAAUCACUUGGUAUAGUAUAUGUAUAUAAUGCCUGAUUAGUUUUAUCAUUAAACUGUUUCUUACAAAGA